UAUAAUAGUUUCAACUUAUUCUCAUUCCCUUACUCUUUUCUCUACUUUGAGAUUAUAUGAAGAUUAUUAGAUCCACACCACACAAGCGCGCGCACUCAGAGAGAGAUGACUGGAUCAUCAGUAAUAUCAGUAGUGGCCACUUCGAUAGCAGUCAUAGCAGUGGUAAGAUGGGUUUGGAAGAUGGCCAUGUGGUUAUGGGUGAAUCCGAAGAGGCUAGAGAGAGCUCUGAGACAUCAAGGUCUUGAGGCCAAUCGCUACCGAUUCUGGGUUGGCGACUCUGUCCAAAUGGCUAACAUGGUACAACAAGCCAAAUCCUCUCCUUUGCCCGCUCAUUCCCAUGACUUGGUCCCUCAUAUCUCCCCCUUUCAGAAUCACACUGUCAACAAAUACGGUAGGAAUUCAUUCAUGUGGUAUGGACCAGCACCAAUAUUGAUCCUUAUGGAUACCGAGCUGAUAAAAGAUACGUUACACAGACACUACGACUUUACAAAAUGUCACAAUUUCCCCAUUACCGAAUAUAUAGCCCCUGGUGUUGCAGGCUAUGACGGUGAACAGUGGGCUAGACACAGGAAAAUUCUCCAUCCAGCAUUCAAUUUGGACAAAUUGAAGUCUCUGAUUCCAAUCUUCGCCCAAAGUUGCAACGAAAUGCUCAACAAAUGGGAGAACCUCUUGACCCCCUCAAAUGGAACAUGUGAAGUGGAUGUAUGGCCUUGGCUUAAGGAUUUGACAAAGGAAGUGAUUUCCCGAUCAGCAUUUGGAAGUAGCUAUGAAGAAGGCAGACAAAUAUUCGAUCUUCUAGCAGAACAAGGUGUAGUUGUAAUGAAUAAUUUACAGAAACAUUACAUUCCAUUAUGGAGGUUUCUACCAACUAAGGAGAACAACAAGAUGAAGGAAAUUGAAAGAACCGUGAGAACUUCCCUAGAGCAUAUUAUAAACAAAAAGGAGAAAGCCAGGAAGGCAGGUGAAACCAGAAAGAAUGACCUACUGGGCAUACUUUUAGAAUCCAAUCACAAGGAGAUUGAGGAACAAGGGAACAAGAAAAGCUUUGGAUUGAGUAUGAAAGAUGUGAUUGACGAAUGCAAGUUGUUCUACAUGGCAGGCCAAGAAACCACUUCAGUUCUACUGGUCUGGACUAUGAUGCUACUAAGUAGGUAUCCUGACUGGCAAGCACGUGCAAGGGAAGAAGUCCUGGAAGUCUUUGGCAACCAAAAACCAGACCAUGAUGCACUAAGUCACCUUAAAAUUGUGACCAUGAUCUUGUACGAGGUUUUAAGGUUAUACCCACCAAUAGUAUGGCUAGAGCGGUAUGCUGAUAAGGACAUGAAACUUGGAAAACUGUCAAUACCUGGAGGAGUACAGCUUGGCAUACCAAUACUUAUGAUGCACCAUGACCAACAAUUGUGGGGAGAUGAUGCCAAAGAGUUCAAACCAGAUAGAUUUUCUGAAGGAAUUUCCAAGGCAUCAAAAGGUAGUUCUUUUGCAUUCUUCCCAUUCGGAGGGGGUGCUCGAACCUGUCUUGGGCAGAACUUUGCCUUGUUGAAUGCUAAGGUAGCUCUGUCUUUGAUUCUACAACGUUUCUCCUUCGAGCUUUCCCCAUCAUAUUCCCAUGCUCUCACCAUUGCUGUCACUCUUCAGCCUCAACAUGGAGUUCAAGUCAUUCUGCGUAAACUGUAAUAAAUUUAUUAUAUUAAAGCACCAAUGCGUGUACAAUAUGAAUUCAGAACAAUCUGCAUCUCCCAUUAAUAAAAUUAAAGUAGAUGUAUAUAGUUCUACUUUUCCAACACUUGGAAGAGAAAGAAAGUAUGGACAUCAUCUAAGCAUUGAAAUACUAUGCAAAGGACCAGAAGUGAGGAUACAAUAAUGAAGCAUGGUGAAGGGAUGAGCAAGGAAGAUCACUUAGGGAGAAGGGAGUAUACUCAUCAUGUGCAAAAGUCAUUACCGAAAAGGGUCGGGAUGAUUAUUGUGGAACUUCCCUCUCUUAUGAUUGCUUUCCCUCUGUAAUCAGUUCUUCCUCUCCCUGAGUAGUAUCUUUCCCUCCUCUGUUUUUCCUUCUUGUUUUCUGCUUUCCAUCUCUGUGUGUCUAUGCAACUGUGCUGGUUAAGAUAUAAUAAUAAUGGUGUUUCCAUUAA